UCAGAAAUACGCUCCUGUAUGUUUGUCUGUGUAAUUUUAAUGUGCUAUCAACUUUGUCGAACGUCAUCAGAAACCUUUGCGUUGCAAUCUGCUUACAUCGUGCUUGAUCAUGCGUGUGGAGUGGCGUUGGAUAGCCCCACUGGCGGUUGCACUUCCAGCCUGCUUUGCUGCAGUAAAGAUUCCGCUUGGCUCGGAACUUCGGAGGGUGUCUGGUCCUACCAACAAUCGUAAAGCCCCUCAGUUUGGAGAAGAGAUUUCUUGGGAACCCGUAGAGGGAGGAUGUGACAUACGUUCUCUAUGGCUUCAACUUGUCCAUUUGAGACCCCCCGCAGUCAGUCAUGAUCGCCCUCUCCAUCGAAUCAAACCAUUUGAUGAUCCAAUCCGCCAACUGUCCCGACAAGCUGUGUUCAUAUGGACGGAAUGAUUUUCGGAUGGGUACUGUGGAAUGGGAUCCACGCGAAAGAGACGAUUAGCAUUGCCGAUCUCACGCUCCCGGACGUCCCGUUCCUCUUUGCGGAACGGAUCCGUUACCUGGAAUAUGUUGGGUGGUAUUUUGGCUACAGCGGAGUGCUUGGACUGGCACCGAACUCCCCCCGUGGACAA